AUGUCUCAACAACAAAACAUUUGCGACUCUUCCAAAUCUCCAAUGCCGAGAAUUUCUGCUCUUCGUGGCGCCCAGCCGACCUCUAUUCGUCUUUCACCAUCGCCGGAUAAUGGUCUGCCACCAAACUCUUCAAGAAACGUGCACGUCUCAAGACGCUCCAAUCGCCGAAACGUGCCAUCCACCUCAAACCGCCUACCGUCAUCAUCUUCUGAAUCUUCGGAAUCUUCGGAAGGAUCACCGGAACCAAAACGAAGAAAGAUUCAAAAAACAACUAAAACAUCUUCCCGUCGUGACGUCCAAUCAUCUUCUCGUCGUCGUCGGGCACCAACGCCUGAUUAUGUUUUGCCGGCACACUAUUCGGCGAAGGGAACGCACACUCCAAGGAGCUCCACUCGCCGCCGAGUUGUACCAUUGUACCGAGUUUUAUCACCACUCACAGACUCUUCAGAUGAAUCACCACAACCAAUGCGUCGAAAGAAUCCAAAUACACCUAAAAGCUCGACGCGCAGAAAUUUGUUAUCCCCCUCAUACUGCCAUCCAUCAUGUUCUGACUCGGAUGUUUCACCGGAACCAACGCGGAGAAGAAAUCAGGAAGCACAUCAGGACCGAGAACUCACUCGAGACGAGUUGAUUCGACUUAUGGAAGAGUGUGAAGCCGACCCCUCUUCCCCAACGCCAUCUGAUUCUGAAGGAGAAAACUUUGAAAGUGAUGACGAAGAGUCCAGUGGUUCAGAAUUCGAAGACCCCACUCCAAAGAAAAAUAAGACAAGCCCGAAAAAGAAAAGUAGUGCGAAACGACAAAGACAACGGUCUCCGAUAAUAAAAAGAACCAAACAUCAGAUAGCAGUUGGGAAAAAAACACUGAUGGGAAUCUUUAAGGAAACUGAAAACCCUUCUCUAGAAAUGAGAGCAAAAAUAGCAGAAGUGCUGAAAAUGAACAAGAGCUUGGUGGCUCGAUUCUUCAGAAGGGAGAGAAAGAAGUCCGAAAUUCCAGAAAGAGUGAAACGUAUCUCUCCUGAAAUGAGAAUGAAGUUGGAGGCAGAGUUUGAAACAAAUCCGAAUCCAACAACUGAACGAAAAACAGAGCUGGCCACGGAAUUCAAUGUUUUGCACGAGAGAGUGACGGCCUGGUUCAUCAGAAGAAGACAAAAGCAGUAUAAACCCGAGGAGUUUGCCGCAGCGCAAGAAAAAAGGCGAAUUUAUAAAAACGAAAGAGAUCAUCAGAUGAGAAUUCAGCAAAACAGACAGCCGGCGUUCAGGUUCACUGAAGAACAGAGAAAUUUUAUGAAUGAAAAGAUGAAAGAGGUGGAGGGCAAAGAGGCUGCUGUGGAACAGUGCCGAAAGUGGGGCGAUGAGAUAAAUCUGACGAGUUAUCAGGUGAGCCACUACAUCCGGAAACACUUAAGAAGACAAAGAGAGCCAUCCUACGAGACACGGAUCAGACACGACAAAAAAAGAAGAGUAAAGGAAGGUCUAGAAGAGCACAAAAAAAUCCCUCGACCAGCUGGGCCACCUCUUAGUGCAGAUGAAGCCCUGCCAAUUGUCAAAAACUUUUUCGACGCAAAUCCAAACUACCGACAGGAGGAAGAUGGUUCAUUGGCACAGAUACUCAACUGGUCCAAAUCGAAGCUCAAACACUUUCUUCGUGACAAGGGUUUAGUUGGAAGAAGAAAAGUGCAGGAAAGAAGAAAAGCCCAGGUUGGCAAUGCUGGAUUUGAAUCAAAAUUUGAGCAAAAGCCAUUCGUUUCUAAAGCAGAUGCUGAAGAAUGGGCGAAACAGCUCAUUAUGACGCCAAACACGAUUCUUUCAUUGGCGCAUAAGCUCCGAGAGAGACUCUUAAAAAAGUAUCUUUCGGGAGAGAAAACCCUGGAUUCCCUUCCACCCCAGAUGAAAAUGCUUGAAGAGGAGUACUCCAAGAACGUCUUCAUCGAGUCAGUGGCUGCAGCAAUUGAAAUAAAAGAAAACGUCGGAAUUGAGCUCGUUAGCGUAAAUGGCUAUUUCUCAAUGAGAAGAAGACUUGACAGAGAACGAGGAUUAAAUCUUAUCAAAGAGGAAGACGUUCCAAAAAUUUUGUCAAAAGAUGUCCUAAAGUUCAAGAAGCGCCAGAAAAAAACCAACGCCGCGGUGGAAUCUGAAGAGUCAGAUCAUGAGGAUCCCGAUGGUCAGGAGAAUGGCGAUUUCGAUGAAGAUGGUGAGAUGGAGGAAAGCAGCGGUCGAGGAAGUCCUGACCAGGACGAGCACCAAGAUUUUGAAGUCUCGGGAAAUCAUGACGUUUUCGAUUAUGAUGACUUCGACGCCCCGCAAAACUUGGCAACGUCUGAAAGAGAAAUCCCGGUUGAGGAUAGCUCUGAAGAUGAUUACGAUUCUACAGUCGAUUCGGAGGCAGGAAUGUACGACUCAGAUUGGAAAUAUGAAGAUCUCCUCGCGGGAGAAAACGAAUACCAUGACAACAAUCUCGACGUUCUUGCUGGAGCCAACAUCUUGAUGGAACCCAAACAGGAGGAUCUUUCUGGAGCCGACGUUCUGGAGCCAAACGGGGAGCGUAUGCAAUGA